AUGUUCAAGAAGAAGACUCUGGAAGACGAAAUCAAAGCUGGAAAAAGAGAGAAUCGCAGAAUUCAGCGCGGAUUUGAAAGAGACCAAUUGCAACUUGACCGUGAUGAAAAGCAACUACAAGCCGAAAUCAAAAAAAUGGCCCAACAAGGAAAUAAGGAAGCCUGUGUUGUGUUGGCCAAACAGCUCGUUAAGGUUCGGCAGCAAAAGACAAAAUCGAUUAGCAUGGGCGCCAAGCUUAACGGGAUAUCAAUGCAACAAAGUCUGAUGGGCACUAAUAUGAAGAUGGCCCAGUCAAUGAAAAGUACCGCCAAAACCAUGGAGCACAUCAAUAAAGUAAGUCUUUGUCUUGUGGUCUCCUAGAUUGAGUGGCCUUUUUUGUCUUUCCUGGGUUCUAGAACUUACGUACCGCAUUCAGCUAUCCGUAAGGGAACUAUAAUCCUAAAAGGUUCAAAGGGAGAGACGACCAUCGGGACUACUUUAUUUUGAUGUAGGGGGAUCUAAAGUGUAAAUUAAUGCAGUAAUCAAACGUAAAAGGAAUAACUGUCAGCCCAUCUGACACUGUUAUCGUUGCGUUUUUUCUGUUUCAUAUGUUAUUGGCGUUGAUUUUAUCUGCCGCAGAAAUCAAGUAGCAAAGCGUUUCCAACGGUGCACCUCGGCUUUGCGUUAGUAUUUUUAGUGUGCUGUUAUUAUAAUUCCCGCUCCUCUAUCUCCAUUGACCCGCCUGCAUCGGGAGCAAUAAUUCCAAGGAAUAUGGGGCACAACGAACGUGUUCCUCAGCAAUAACGAGUGUUUACUUCUUUUUGGCGCUCUUCGUCACUAUGUUCUUGCCCGUUCUUCCUUCUUAGCCGAUGUAGUACUCAGCGCGCUGCAUCGCCGUAGCUGACUGUCCAAACAAAUCAUUAAGUCAACGGCAAAUCAGCCUAAAGUCUGGCGAGUGCUACCAUAUAUUGCCAACGUUUCCGAGGCAGUUGCUCGUACCUUGCAACCAUUGGGUAUCGACAUCGCACACAAACCCGAAUCGACAAUUAGACGUCUGGUUAUGAGACCAAAAACGCCUCUACCACGAGGCGAAACUGCCAACGUCGUCUAUCGGAUCCCGUGUAGUUCCUGCGAAACAAACGACGUUGGAGAAAUCGGUAAAAGAUUGCAGACCCGCAUGGACGAGCACGCAAGAGCGGUACGAAGGAUGGAUCAGCUCUCGCUGGUGGCGGAACACUGCGCAGCUUUUGGCCAUGCCUUCGCCUUCCAAGAUGCCGAAGUCUUGGGCCAUGGGAGCGAUCGAACGGUCAUAUUCUCCUGACGUCUCGAAAACUAACAAGUUUUCGUCGUCGGUGGUAGGUUGCGUACGACGAUUCACACUAUGUAAGGGUUUUUGUUAGUGCUGGCUUUCCAUUGACUUCCAGCCCAUCCGCGUGCGCUGCACCGCGAGGUGGAGGAGGUUUGUUAUUGUGGCGUUCACCGAUCGGCUCACGGAACCUGCUCGCUCCGUUGUGCGUUGGGGUUCGAUCGAGGGCCCCGCAGUCAGUCGCACGACCACUAGUUAUCUAUGCAGAAUGAGAUUGCCGACGAAGACAAAGGCUGUAAUGGUCAUUUCUGACUUAUUGGCAGUCAUCAGCCAGCUGGUGUCCAGGGUUUGCAGCAUCUGGAAUUCUAGCCUGAUGUUUCUGGUCAUUGAGUCAAACGCUGUAUCAAGUUGGCCACAAGCUUGUUUUUUGCCGGUCUCGGCCGGAAUUACUGUGUUGGAACAGUCUUCAUCAAUCAGGUACGGCUAGGGCGAUCUGCACAACGUAGACGGCUGUCGGUUGCCGGUAACUGUCGAGAUUUAAUACAUCAAUCUCUGUAUUGUGGGAAAUUUUAAAGUUUCUUCUGUGCAGACGAACGAAAGGUCUCCAUUCCAUUUUCCUUGGAUUCUGUUUGCUAUAGAAUGCAAGAGCGACCUAAAAGCAUGUUUAGUUUGCGUGACGGAAGGUCAAAUAGACUAAUACGAGCGGCACUUUCGCGAAAGUUAGCUGGAACCUUCGUCUAACAACAUUCUACUCGUAGCUCGCAGCAUCUUUCAUUGAAUGGUUUUGGCCUUAUUUAUCUGGAAACGGCGUCCCAUCUUACAGCAUUAUCAAUACACUGGUCGUUUCCACGCAGGAUCGGCCGGUGUAUGCACUCACUCCUUUUUAAAGUCAGCUUCAUUGCAGAGUCAAAAUGAGGCCUCUUAUUCGCUCUUCUUCUGGUAUUUAGCAGAUGGAUCCGGCAACGACGGCUAAAAUCAUGCAAGAGUUCUCCAAACAGAACAUGAAGAUGAGCAUGGGUGAGGAGGCAAUGAAUGAUGUGCUGGCAGAUAUCUUUGAGAGUGACGAGGCCGAGGAAGAUGCCGUUGUGCAGCAAGUUCUUGACGAGAUCGGUGUUGAAAUCUCCACCAAAAUGGCCGGCGCCCCCAGCCCGGCAGUCGGCUCAAUAGGUGGACAGCAAGUGCCCACGGACGACGACUUGGAGGCCCAGCUCGCUCAGUUGCGUGCGCUCUGA